GGGUGUGUGAACCCAACCGACUGACCGGUCACAAUAAGAAAGUAAAAGUUACUAACCAAGUACGGUAUUUAGGGGGUAGGGUGGUGGAUAUAUAUUUUAUUUUUUCUAACAGACAUGGAAACUCUGUGGGAUAUACUCACGACAGUUAACAAAACAAAAUCUUAACCUGGCGCGCGGCUAUCCAUGAGUUAAACAUCUGGUCACCUUGUCUAGAGCUACACAGGAAAUUUUGGUAGGGCCUAGAGGUAGCAAAACGUGACGCUUUUACCGGUUAUAUUUUGCUACCACUACCAGUAGCACAUUUUGAGGAAGUAGCAAAAACGUUACACCGGGUUUAAAUGGACUACAGGCUGCUCAGAGUGUAACUGCCUAAAGCUGAGAACAAAACGGACCCCAAAAAUAAGUGACACUUGGAACGUCUGUAGUUAAAAAAAAAAAAAAAAAAAGGCCACCGCUGCAUUGAUGUUUUAGAGUGACGUAAUGCAGUAUACAAAUAUGCACAUUAGAGCAAAGUCAACGAAUCAGCCAGUAUAAACUCACAUGCGCAGUGGGACCAGCCAUAAUAAACUAAAGGAAUUUUAGACCCACAGGUAUUUGAACCGCGUUGCUAAAUUCGAAUUAACUGGGAAUUCUGACUUCUUGGAAGAGCACUGAGCUGCCAUCUCCAAACCCAGCAUCAUGGCGGACAUGACAGUGGAGGAUCUCAACCUGCGGGCUAACCAGCUGACAGAUGAGAGCAAAGAGACAGGAGUGAAAACCCUCACCAUGCUGGACGAGCAGGGAGAGCAACUGCAACGCGUGGAGGAUGGAAUGGACCAGAUCAAUGAGGACAUGAAGCAUGCUGAGAAGAACCUAACGAUCCUGACCAAGUGCUGUGGGCUGUGUGUCUGUCCCUGCGACAGAGCAAAGAACUUUGAGGUGAGCGACCACUACAAGAAGACCUGGGGCAUCGGCACAGAAAGCUCUGCAAAAGUGGUGUCCAGCCAGCCCUGCAGCACCACCCAGAAUGGACAGCAGACCUCCUCGGGAGGGCCAGGGGGACCCUAUGUCAAGAGGCUGAAACAAACAAAGUGCGUAUUGAUGAGGCCAACCAGAGAGCGAAUAAACUCAUCAAGUAGUUGGAGAGCUUCUGUGGUGUGAGGGGGAGGGGGGGGGAGCAACCUUUGACCCCUCCUCCUGGACCUUGACCAUUCUCCAGCUUCCACUUCAGUCUGGACUCUCUUCCUACAGGAUAUCUAACCCCUCCUCUCCUCCUUUACAAAAUCAAGCCAGUGUGCUCAUUUCAGCGAUGGGAUGUGUGAAGCUGGCACUAGGAAUGGCAGGGCAGUUUGGGAUUGCCUUUCAAUCAGAACAAGAAUUUACACGAGUCACAGCAGUGCUUUAGAAACGGGUUUGUGUUUCAGAAAUACUAGCGCUAUUGUUUUCAGUUGCAACACUGGAGAUGGUAGAAUCGGUGUGCAGGGAAAGUGCUGCUCCAUCUUUUUCUUUUUUACAGCAAGGGUUUAUAAUUAAGGGAUGUGCAACCUGAGGCCUGUGACCCCUACACAAGCCCACUCUGCAAUGCUUGAUUAUGUAAUGCAAAGAAGCAAAGGUGAGUGAAUCUGGUCAGAACUGCUAGUAACCAAUGCUAAGAUGGUUAAACAUGUUUUGGCCACAACAAAUAUUCAAAAACAAACAAGAAAACAGACAGUUUUAUCUAAAAUAACACAUUUAUUACAACAAUUUCAACUCUUUCCAUGGAGCCAUAAUGUAGCUGUGGUUGCUCACCCCUCAUUAUUAACCAGUAGUCUGUUUAACUGUCUGGGAUAAUAAGAUUUGCUGUUCAGGGCUUUUGUUUUAGUACCUGUUAAUAAACUCAUUCAAAUGGAUGUAGUUCAUUUGCUCUAUUCAGUGCUCUAUUGCUUCUGUCACACAAGAAAUAAGUGAUGUCAUUUAAAAUAUCCAUCCCUUGGUGCCUUGCAAGAAAGGAUGGAUAUACACUCCUUGCUCUAUUAGACUUUGUUCCCUUCACAUUAUCUUCUAGGUGUCCCAACAUUUCCUUUCCGUCAGAGCAUUGAAACAGUGCAGCCUGGUCCCGGGCUGGUCAUUUACAUGUUGGGAUUGAGAGAGGCGCCCCGUUUGUAAAGUAAUACAAAAAAAAAAAAAAAAAAAGCAACACGUCACAAUGCUCUUGCACAGUAACCCCUUGUAUACAGAUUCACCAAUCACUGCUCUCCAUGUGUCCUUCAGCUCAGUGUCAAAUCCCCUGUACCCCUAGAAGACAGUUGGGUUGCUAUUGUACUAUAAAGGGAACCCUGAAAAUUUGCAGUAUAUUGUUUUAAAUUAAUGUAAUUGUAUUUAUUUUUUUGUUUUUGUGUGUCCUAUUUUGGUUUGUUUCCCAAUUUAAAUGAAGGCUUGCUUUUGUUCUGCGUUCUUGCCCGUGUGUUGGGGAUUCUCCCAAUAGUAAUACA